GCUAGAUUUUCACUGUUUAGUUUUUUGGAGUAAUGGCGGAGCACCUAGAUGGAGAAAACACUGCGUCUAGCGACAACAGAAUGGCGAUGCAACAAGCCUUACGUUUCCGUAGCCCCGUCCCUCCCCCCAGCACAGUGAUGCGAGGUCCCCCUCCGCUCCUUCGACCGCCACCCCCUCCAUUUGGCAUAAUGAGGGGACCCCCACCUCCCCCGAGGCCUCCUUUUGGACGGUCACCUUUUGAUCCUAACAUGCCACCUCUCCCACCGCCUGGUGCUAUGCCCCCGCCAAUGGCACCCCCACACCUCCAGAGGCCACCCUUCAUGCCACCUCCCAUCAGUAACAUGCCCCCACCUCCUGGCAUGAUCUUCCCCCCGGGCAUGCCCCCAGUCCCAGCAGCAGGUGGUCCUGGCGGCCUGGCCACUGAAGAGAUCUGGGUGGAGAACACUACCCAAGAGGGCAAGGUGUACUACUACAAUGCCAGAACCCGUGAGUCAGUGUGGACCAAACCAGAGGGAGUCAAGGUCAUCCAGCAGUCGGAGCUCAGCCCAGUGAUGAACGCCCAGGGGGGACCUGCGUCAUCUACUUCGGCCAGCAGCUCCGCCUCUCCUGCAGGAAGCAGUGUAGCCACAGUGACGCCUGCUUCCACCUCCACGCAGAACACUUCCCCUACACGUGCCCUCAGUGCCAGUCCAGAACCCAGCACUAGCCCGGUCCCCGCUCCACCCCAGCCCAUGGCCUCUCCUGUUGUGAAUGAGAUGCCCCCAGUGGUGUCCACCCCUCCCGUGAGCGUGAGCGUAGGCGUGGCUCCUGUUGCUGUGGUCAGCGUGCCGACUGUGACUGCUACGGUGACGGCCGUGCAGACGGUGCCGCUGCUUCCCCAGAGCCUCCCGCCAGGCCUGCCCCACGCUGUGGCCCAGCCACCGGCCCCGAUUCCUGCCUUCCCGCCUGUGAUGGUGCCCCCGUUCAGAGUGCCUCUGCCUGGCAUGCAUAUCCCGCUACCAGGUAUGUUACCAGGCAUGGCCCCUCCUUUAGUACCCAUGAUGCACCCCCAGCUGGCCAUCAGCACAGCACCCGUUGGUCUGGCUGGUGCACUCCCACUCCCGGAGUGGUCCGAGUACAAAACUGUGGAUGGCAAGACCUAUUACUACAACUCCCGUACUCAGGAAUCCACCUGGGACAAACCUGCUGAACUAAAGGAGAAAGAUAAGGAUGUAGACAGGACUAAAGAUGGACAGUUGUCUGAUGAUUGUGAGCCUAUGGAACUUGGUGAUAUUGAACUCAAACCAGAAACCUCUCUUCUGGCCAAAGAGGCACCAAAGGUGGAAGAAAUGAGUGAAGAGGAAAAAGCAGCUCAGAAGGCUAAGCCAGUGGCCACCAACCCCAUAGCUGGGACUCCUUGGUGCGUGGUGUGGACUGGUGACGACCGUGUGUUCUUCUACAAUCCCACCACACGACUCUCCAUGUGGGAUCGGCCGGAUGAGUUAGUGGGCCGGGCAGAUGUAGAUAAAUUAAUCCAGGAACCUCCACACAAAAGGGGUCCAGAUGAUGUCAAGAAAACGGGUGCAAACCAUAACCUAACACAAUUCAUGGGUUUCAACAAAGAGGACCUUGAAGCGGCCAUGGAAGAAGCCCAAGACGAAGAGCCUACUAAAGCCAAGAAGAGGAAGAAGGAUGAGGUGAAGGAGACCGAUGCCGAGAAAGAGGCGGCCGUGGAGGCCGAGCUGAAGGCGGCUCGGGAUCGGGCGGUGGUCCCCCUGGAGGCCCGCCUGAAUCAGUUCAGGGACAUGCUGCUGGAGAGAGGGGUUUCAGCCUUUUCCACAUGGGAAAAGGAGCUGCACAAAAUUGUGUUUGACCCGCGAUACUUGCUACUCAAUCCCAAAGAGAGGAAGCAGGUGUUUGACCAAUACGUGAAGACGCGUGCCGAAGAGGAGAGGAAGGAGAAGAAAAACAAGCUCAUGCAGGCUAAAGAUGACUUUAAGAAGAUGAUGGAGGACACCAGGCUUAACAUCCGGACCACAUUCAGUGAGUUCGCCUCUAAGCAUGCAAAGGACCCUCGCUUUAAGAACAUCGAGAAGAUGAAGGACAGAGAGGCUUUGUUCACAGAGUUCAUGACCGCCUUCAGGAAGAAGGAGAAGGAAGACUCCAAAAACAAAGGAGAAAAGGUGAAGCAAGAUUUCUUUGACCUGCUGUCCGACCACCACGUGGACAUCCAGCAGCGCUGGAGCAAAGUGAAGGACAAGCUGGAGACGGACCAACGCUACAAAGCGGUAGAGAGCUCGGCUGCCAGAGAGGAGCUCUACAGGCAGUAUGCGGAGAAGCAGGCUAAAAACGUGGACACCGAGAAGGAGAAGGAGCUGGAGCGGCAGGCCCGCAUCGAGGCCAGCCUGCGGGAGAGGGAGCGUGAGGUGCAGAGGGCACGCUCUGAGCAGACCAAGGAGAUCGACCGAGAGAGGGAGCAGCACAAACGCGAGGAGGCCAUCCAGCACUUCAAAGCCCUCAUGUCCGAUAUGGUGAGGUCCACCGAUGCCUCCUGGGCAGACACAAGGCGCAACCUGCGGAAGGACCAUCGCUGGGAGUCAGCUUCGCUGCUGGAACGUCACGAGAAGGAGAAGUUGUUCGAGGAACAUGUAGAGGCGCUCACCAAAAGAAAAAAAGAACAGUUCAGGCAGCUGCUGGAUGAGACGACCAUGAUCACUCUCACCACAACAUGGAAGGAGGUGAAGAAGAUCAUUAAAGAUGACCCUCGGUGCAUCAAGUUCUCCAGUAGUGAUCGAAAAAGACAGAGGGAAUUUGAGGAUUAUAUAAAGGACAAGUACAUCACAGCCAAAGCUGAUUUUAGAACUCUCCUGAAAGAGACAAAGUUUAUCACAUACAGAUCCCGAAAGCUGAUCCAGGAGUCAGACCAGCAUUUGAGGGACAUUGAGAAGAUCCUACAGAAUGACAAACGUUACCUGGUCCUUGAGUGCGUGCCCGAAGAGCGCCGAAAGCUCACCAUGUUCUACAUUGAGGAUCUGGACCGCCGAGGACCCCCACCUCCCCCAACGGCAUCGGAGCCAACGCGGCGCUCCACCAAGUGACGCACCACCCCAUGCCCCUGCGAACUGAGCAUGAGUCUGUCCUGGACUCCGCCUUCCAGUACAGUAUUUGCCACGACUCUCGGCUACCACAGAAUACCUGUGUAUUUAUUCAAACCGCGUCAAACUGAAGGCCGAAGGGUCACGGACCAGCGCAAGAACACGUGUGAACAUCGGUCUGUGAACUGUGGCUGUGAGGCUGGGUCAAACGAGCGCGCCUGUAGAUGCAUCACCAGUGGUACCGCGGCCUCCUCUGUUUGACCCAGGUUAUGUAUUUUUAGUAGGCUGCUGUCAUGCCGACGGCGACGGUACUGUGCAGGCCAAUGCAGCAAUCAUUUUAGGAAGUCGUGUACUGAUUAUGUACAUGAAGCGGAGGUUGAAUGUUUCUUAGUGUUUGGAUUUUGACAUGUUUCUGUACACAUUGACUGGAAAUAAAUGCAACCUCAGGCC